UCUCUUGAAUGUCUCCUCCACAGGCUCUACCUUCCUGUUCCCUGGUCCUUCUGUAUCACUCAUCACUGGCUGCAAGCUGCCUGGAGAUGAGAAUGAGUGAGAGGACCGCGAGCAACUGGAGCCCAGGCAGCUGGGUGCUAGCACUGUGCUUGGCCUGGCUGUGGACACGUCUGGCCUCUGCUUCUUUGCAGCCUCCAACAGCCGCAGUCCUAGUAAAGCAAGGCACCUGUGAGGUGAUCGCCGCACAUCGCUGCUGCAACCGGAAUCGCAUCGAGGAGCGCUCCCAGACCGUCAAAUGCUCCUGCCUUUCUGGCCAGGUGGCUGGCACCACAAGGGCAAAGCCCUCCUGCGUGGAUGCCUCCAUCGUCCUGCAGAAGUGGUGGUGUCAGAUGGAGCCCUGCCUGCUGGGGGAGGAGUGUAAGGUGCUCCCGGACCUGUCGGGGUGGAGCUGCAGCAGUGGACACAAGGUCAAAACCACCAAGGUCACACGAUAACUCUCAGGGCCAUGGCUUAGGCAGAAAGAACAGCCUUGACUGAGCUCUGGACUGAAGAAUGGCUUCUGGUCACCAGCCAGCAGAUUUGAGGACUCACUCACCCGGACAUGGAGUUCCAUGUCAAAUGCCACAUCAGACUUGCCAGGGCCCUGUUAGCCAUGCUGCUUAGCAGAAAUGCUUGGAUCUUCGGCCACGUACUUAGAGACCCGUGCUCUCCUACGAACAAAAGUCAACACAUAUAAUCCUGUCCUUACGGAAUAUCUUGUCAAGCUAGGGAGUAGAUGGCAGAUGAUUUAAGCAGUUUAAAGUGUGUGGUACCAUGGCCUCCAAGCUACCUGCUGUGGGUGUGGUGGGGACGGGGUAGAUGAGAGUCUCAUAGAUCUUCAGCUAUCCUCUGAUCGUGAUUGCAGGACGCAAGGUCAUGACGUCCUAUCAGUACCUUCCCAUCAGUCCUGCAUCCCCAGAAAGAUGCUAAGAUGUUAAAGGAGACACUGUCCCCUGAUGCCAAGCCAGUGGGAUCUCUUUUGGACAGUGUGGGAAAGCAGAGAUGAAGGCCAGCAGCUCUUCAGCACAGCCCUCAGGGGCAGGGUGUGUGGCUCACACCCUUUGCAGUCUAUGGGAUGGACAGGUCCUCAGGAUCACCCCCACCCCAACUUCAGGUUUUGUUUUUGCUUUUUUUUUUUUUCUUCUUGUUUUAAUGGAUGAGAAAACUGAGUCACAGAGAGAUGAGAUGGUUUGCCCAAGAUCUCACAGCUUGGGCUUCCAAACCAUAGCUGCUGAGAUUCCAGGGUAGGUCUUACCUGGUAAUUUUAUCUAGAGAGCAGGACCCUGCAAACACUUUCUGGAGAGCAGCGACAUGUUUCUUGGGAGGUGAGAUUUUGAUCACUGGGACUUUGAUUGAUGCCACUGAUCUCCUAUCCAAAAUAAUCCAGAAUCCCCACCAACUGCAGAGUGGAGCCACUUCUCAGUCCCCCAAGUCCAAGCAGUCCCCAUGGUAGCCCAGAGGUCACUUGGCCUAGUUGCAGCUGGAGCACUGGAGCUGGCACCCCACUGGAGCUGGCACCC